UUGGCACUAAUCUAAAAUUUUAGUUUGGACUUUUCGCUGAUGAAUUAGCAAAAAAAUAUAGUUUUGAAAUAUUAAUACAAAUAUUGUCCGAAAACCAGAUUUUUUAAAAUCUUUUCCAAAUCGGCUGACUUUGCCAUCGGUGCUUUCUACUACAGACCCCAUUUGAAUGAAAGCUCUCCCUACUCACAAACCCUCUACUACUAUCUCUCCCACACGUAUCUGGUAACGAAUGUCUUCAACAUCUACAGCAUGUAUGAGAAGAUUGCCUAUCCAUUUCAUUUGGGCCUGUGGUAUUUGAUUGGAUUAAUUCUAGCUCUAAGCUCUCUGCUCAUAUUCACAUGUGAGUCCGGUCGGCGAUGGCGGAAGCAACGCAAUUUCAUAAUUGGUGAAAAUAACCGUACGCCUCAAUAUCAUCUCUUCGUGUUGGCCCUGGGUGCAACGGUCUCAUCCACGCAACUACCACGUUAUAAUUUUGCCCGUUUCUUGCUCAUGUGCUGGCUGCUCGGCAGCCUGGUCAUACGCAGUGCCUAUCAAUCGGGCAUGUAUGAAAUGUUGCGCGACAACAAACAUCGCAACCCGCCCCAGACCAUUGCCGAUGUCCUCAAGCAGGGCUAUGUUGUGCUGCUGCGAGGCUACCACAAGAGUCUGCUAAACAUUCUGCCCGACAUGAAGAAUGUACGCGAGUUGAACGUCAGCAUUUUGCAGGCAUUUCCGCAACUGGCCACGGCCAGCGAACGAACUGCCGUCUUUAGCCAGUAUGAAUAUUAUGGCUAUUUUGGCAAAACUAAUUUGGCUACCUGGCAGAAGUUGCAUUUGGUCAACGAGCGUAUCUACACCCAGCAGCUGGCCAUGUAUGUCCGUUUGCAAUCGUAUUUGGUGACCGAAUUAAAUGCCCAAAUUGCUAAUGCCCAGUACUUUGGUUUUAUCAACCAUUGGGUGAAUAAAUACUAUGGUCGUCCGGUAGCCGCCGUUGGCCAUGGCCAUCAGGGCGAGGAAAGUCAAACGAAUAUUCUAUCGAUGAACGAGUUGGGAGCUGUAUUCAUGAUUUUGUUGUGGUUACAUUUAGCGGCAUUUGGUGUAUUUGUAAUGGAAUUGUUAUGGCACAGGUAUGGGCGCAAAUGCCGAACGAUGUGUCAUUAAAAAGCGCUUUUUUUGUGGCAAUGAGUUGCAUUUGAAAUGUGUCUCCGGACAUCAUAAUUAAAUGGUGUAUUUGUGCAAAAUGGUUUGGGGGAGGAGUAAAUAAGUGCAGAAUGUUAUGUUUUGCUGUGUCUAUGCAUAUUUUAAGCAAUUUUUGUUCAUUAUUUUAUUUUGCACUUUGAAUACAUAUGGGUGUAUGUGUGUGUUGCUUUAAAGAUAAUAAAUUCUUUUCAUAAAAUCUUAAA